AGUUGGGGUCCUCGUCACACUCGUAAAGAAGCGAAGGCUAAGCGACCGCUACCGAGCUGUCGACCAUCUGGUUCUAUUCGGCGGCCGAAUUCCACUGUGCCCAGAUGGUUUGAUCAGCCUGAUACCAACAAUGUAAAAGGAAGCUCCCCAGAAGCGCAGCGUGUAGUACCAGCUUGUGCUCAGGGAUCUACCACCGCAACAGCGAAACCGCUCGAUACAACCGUGGAUGACGACGUGCGACAAAGGGUCACUGAUGUUGCAAUGGUUGAAACGUACAAUAAGAAGAAGGGAAAAUACCGUCUUUGGUUAACUCAAUAUCAUACGGAAGCUGAGUUCUGCUCAAACCAUGUUUUCAAAGCGGGACACUUCUUCCAAGGACGAUUUUCCAUUGGUGGGAAGCAUAAGAACAAGUGCCAUGAUUACCUCCAGGAGGUGCCCACUCCGGAAGGGGUCUCCGGCUAUUAUGACACGGAAGCGGAGGAGCUGGAGAGAAAAGCAGAAUCUGGGGAAUUGCAAGAUCAACCAUGA